UAUUCAACUCGCAAGCUCAAACUCAAAGAUAUAGAAAGUGUUGUCCUUAAUAGGUGAUCUAUAAUCAGUAAAAUGCCUGUCAAACCCGGUGUCGCGUCAAAAGGAGGUAAGAAAGCUGGUAAAAAGGCUGGAAUCGGUGGAGACAAGAAGCGAAGACCCAAACGUAAAGAAAGUUAUGCUAUCUACAUUUAUAAAGUUUUGAAGCAAGUUCAUCCUGACACUGGUAUUUCUAGUAAAGCUAUGGGAAUCAUGAACUCCUUUGUGAACGACAUUUUCGAGAGAAUAGCCGGAGAAGCUUCACGUCUUGCUCACUAUAACAAGAAAUCUACCAUCUCGUCACGGGAAAUUCAAACCGCAGUUCGUUUGCUUUUGCCCGGAGAAUUGGCAAAACAUGCAGUCAGUGAAGGAACAAAGGCUGUGACCAAAUACACUAGCAGCAAGUAAAAAGAUAAACUCUUAAAAAAAAACAACGGUUCUUUUAAGAACCACCAAGUAUUAGAAAGAAUAAGCAAUUUCGUUGCAAUUAUACUGUUUAUAGUCAGACACCCAAAA